AUGUCAGAUUAUGAAAAAGGAUCAUCAAAUGAUGAGGUAGCUGAAAUCUCUAGAAAUAGAUCACAUAAGAAAAAGAUUGAUGAAUUGUACAUACAAAACGAGAUCGAUAAAUUAAACGUUGAUGAGCUUGUUCAACCAGAACAAAACAAUGCUUUAAAAAAAGUUAUAAAAACAGAUAGAAAGAUUGUUAAAAAUUUAGAUGACAAAAUAACAAAAUUACAAAAAUGUUGUCAAUAUGGAAAACAAGUAUCUAAAAUUAUAAAUUUUAAAGCUGAAGGAUUAAGUACUAUAUCUUUAAAAGAAAAAUUAAAUUUUAUAUUAGAAACAUUAAAUGAGAAUUUUUCUGAUAAAACUAAUAAUAAUAAAUUAGAUUUUGUAAAAAUAUCUAAUUAUUUUAGUAUGAAUACAUUUGCAUAUUGUUCUUUAAAUUAUGAUACUAUACCUUUACAUUUAUUUAUGAGUAAUGAUGAUAAUUCUUUUAAUUUAGAAUUAAAAGAAAAAAAAAAUUACAAUAGAUCGAAACAAUUAAACAAAUCAUAUAAAAAAUUAAAAGAUUAUGAAUAUGAAAAAGGACCAGAAAUCAAAUUAGAAACAUAUGAACAAUCAAUGAAAUUAAAAGAUAAAUUAAAAGAAUUAGAAAAAAUACAAAAACAUGUACACUUUAUAAAUUUUAUUAUAGAUACAGAUCCUAUAAAUGGAUAUAAUGAAACAACCUUUAAAUUAUUUUUAAUUACUCUACUUAUAUCUAAAGGACAUGUGGAAUUUUAUAAAAAUGAAAAUAAUAUUCUGUGUAUUAAAUCUAGUAAUAUUUUCGAACAAAAUAAUCAAGAGGAUGAAUAUCUAUAUGAUCAAAAUAAAAAUAAAAAAAAAAAAAAUCAAGCCCUUUUAACUUCAUGGUCCUAUGCUAAGUGGGAAAAAUUAGCUACACACCUAAAUAAUAACUGA